GGCACCCGCAGCAGCCGCAAUCGCUGCAUGCUGCUGAGGUUUAGCCUGAAUGCGGAGGAGGACGGGAUGUACGACAGUUGCGUUGCCAGAGGCUGUGGUAGCGGCGGCGGCGGUGGUGAAGGUGUCUUGGGGGCCUCUGCCGGGACUGGUGCAGCGGCAGCGGCAACAGCAGCAGCUAACGGGUCUGCUGACGUUGCCAGCGCUGGUACAGAUUGCGUUGUUGCCGUACAACUGCCGGAUCUAGUCACGGCCAGUUGCCCCCUGUUGCCGUACCUGCCACCGGAAAGGUGCGGAUCUAGUCUCAGCAAGCAAGGUUGGCGCGAGCAGCGGCAGCGGCGAAAGGUGCUACAGCCAGAUGCCGACAUAGGAACCGAUUGUACAGCAAACCUGCCACAGCUGCCGUACCCCGCUACCCUGGUCGGCUGUAGCAGCGGGCGGUUGCAGCUGCUGACGCCUGAACACUUCGUACAUGGGGCGUACGGCAACGGCACGGCACGUAUGCCGGCGGCCGUAGCAAAUGGUAGCGUUCAUGUUCAUCCUGCGGAGGGCGGCUCUGUGGCUGCGCCUUCCGUAACCCUUCCCGGUCCGGUCGAGUCCAUAUGCCUCCUGCCUCGCCUGGCGAAGCUGCCUGCGCCAGCAACCGAUGAACCGUACGACGCAGCAGGGCCCGAUAACGACCAUUACCGCUACAGCGGCGAUGACGACGAGUGCGGAGCUGCGGCCGCGGAGCAACAUAACCGCCGCCGCAGUCGGCAUUCGCAGGGCGGCGGCGGGGUCUUCUUUGCGGGGGCGCUGUGCGGUGACGUGAACCGGAGCUUGGUGGUGGUACGGGUGCGGCAGAAGCUAGAGACGCAGCGGAGGAAGCAGGGGCAGCAGCAACAACAGCAGCGGGGUCGCGGGGCCAGUGGUUCCGCCUCAGCUGUAGCAGAGGUGCAUGGUCAAGGCUUCUGCUGCUCCCCCUGGUCGUUGCAGCGGUUGUUCGUUGUCCCCGGAGUGCAAGCGCUGUUGGCCGUCCCGCUGCCGUCGGCAUUCACGGUCGCCCUGGCGCCUGCUCCUGGCAGCGGUGGUGGCGGAGGUGGCAGCAGAGGCGGCGGCGGCGGCGCCGCUUCCGUCGCGUUGGCGGUGUCUGUGUCGGCUGUGGUGGUGGUGGCGGGGGCGGCAGAAGGAAG